GGUUUUAAGUUUCAGCUGAAGAGGCAGAGACUCAGGAGACGAUCGGAGACUGUUAGGGAAGAAGUACUGCAGUGAGAGUACAGUAAGUGCAGCAGGAAUACUACUGUAGUACUUCAGUCAGUAGUACUUCAGUACUUCAGUCAGUAGUACUUAAGUACUUAAGUCAGUAGUACUUCAGUACUUUAGUCAGUGGUACUUCAGUCAGUAGUACUUCAGUACUUCAGUCAGUAGUAUUGCAGUACUUUAGUCAGUAGUACUUCAGUACUUUAGUCAGUAGUACUUCAGUACUUCAGUGCUCGUGGUACUCAGUCAUGGCUAAAUGGGGACAGGGAGAUCCUCGAUGGAUCGUUGAGCAAAGAGCCGACGCCACCAACGUCAACAACUGGCACUGGACAGAGCGUGAUGUCAGCGGCUGGUCCUCGGAGCGCCUCCGUCAGCUGCUGCUGGCGGUGCGGGUGGAGGGACCUGAGGGCGCCGCCCAGCUGACCGACAUCAACAAACUGGAGGGCGAGGCGUCCAUCAACAACCGCAAGGGAAAACUCUUCUUCUUCUACGAGUGGCAGCUGAGGGCCAGCUGGCUGGGGACGUCCAGUGCCGGAUUGAAGUACCGAGGAACACUCGACGUGUCCAACCUGUCAGACGAGAACGACAUGGGCGACCUUGACAUCUCGGUGUCUCUGAGUAAAGACCAGCCCGACACACCGCUCCUCAACCUCAUGAGGAAGAGUGGCGAUCAGGAAGUCCGGAGGGUUCUGGGCGAUUACGUCCUUCAGCUCAAGUCAGAGUUCAGUCAGGGGAUGAUUCUUCCCACCGCCGACCAGCUGAAGCCGCCUCAACCUCAACCUCAACCUCAGCCUCAGCCUCAGCCUCAGACCCCGAAACAGAUGAUUCAGAUCCAGACCAGUAAACCGCCGAAAAGCUCCGUCCCCAAGUGCUCAUCUAGCCCUGCCCCCUGCCUCGAAGGUGUUCGAAUCUCAACCUGCAACUUUGACCUGAAGGAAACUUUCCAAACGUCUCCUGAUGAGCUGUACCGGACCUUCAUUGGCCAGGAGUUUGUGCAGGUGUUCACGCGCUUGGCGGCGACAGUGGACGGUAGGCGUGGAGGGAGGUUCCAGAUGUUGGACGGGAGUGUCAGUGGAGAGUUUACACAGCUGGUACCGGACCGGAGGAUCGAGAUGAGGUGGCGGUUCAGGACCUGGCCCAGCGAGCACUACGCCACCAUCAGUCUGGAGCUGGAGGACAGAGGAGAUGAGACAGAGCUGAGGAUGGAGUGUCGAGGAGUUCCUGCGGGGGAGGAGGAGUCCACCAGCGAGGGCUGGAGGCGGUUCUACUUCCACGCCAUCAAACAGACGUUUGGAUACUGAGAGAAUCUGAGACACUGAACCCUCAAGCUCGUCUGACAGGCAGACUGAGUCAUGAUGUGUCAGCAUGAGGUAAACCUGUUGACAGGAACAGUCCCAAACUUUAGUCCUGGUCUAUCCUGUGGAUUCCUUCAGGGAGUCCCUCAGGGAGGAUUCCUGGAGCCUCUCGUCUCUGUUAAACCUCAGCAGAAUUAAAGGAACAGUCCCGCACUUUAGUCCUGUUCUCUGUCUUACAUCAGUCUCAUCUCUGUGGAUGCAGACAGACGUGCGGGACGUGGUUAGCCUAGCUUAGCAUAAAGACCUGAGGAAGAGGAAACUCUUUGACUCUUCAUCCAAAGUUAAACAAAAAAACAACUCAACUUAACGAUUGUCUGAAGUGUUGGACUGUUCCUUUAAAAUCUGAUCUGUUGUAUGUGACAGAAUCACUGUGUGAAUAAAGUUUGGAUUGUUUGAAUGUGUUUGUCUUCCUGUCGUCAGGACCAAUCACAGUCCGGAUUAUUAACAUCAGAGUGGCAAAAAUAAAAUGUGAUUUAUGUAGAAAACAAGUUCAUCGACAGUGGAGGAGGAAAAAUAUGAAAAUAAAACAUCAGCAGAAUUAAAGUUUUAUUUUUUACUUUCUUUAUUCUGUCUUUGUUUUUUCUUUUUUCAGAACAUAUUUUUAUUUUAUAUUUCAUUCAGAGAAACAAACACAAAGUUAAAAUACACAAAAUACACACAUUCAUAAACACACGAGUAAAGGACUGAAGGAGACGAAGAGUUAAAAGCCGACAAGUCGUCAGAGGAAUGUGAACGAUCAGAUUUACAUUGAGACACAAACUUUACUUUUUACAAUAUAAACAACACGAGAACCUCAGUGUCACAAAAUCCAUUAUUACACGGCGCUGCCUUCUGAUUGGUCAGUUCUAGGUCUGUUAUUUCUGACUACAGACGGACUGUUGCUAUGGAAACAGUUGUGAUCGUAGACCCUGUAGGAAACAAUAAAAUCAUUUUGAAAUAAAAUGAUUGAUUUAUUUAAAAACUAGCCGUGUAAUAAUCGGGAUGAUGAUCAG